AUGAUGGAAAUGUUUGAAUCAAAUGUUGAUAAAUCAUGUAAAUUAUGUGAUAGGACUUGUUUGACUUGUGCUAAUACUAAUACUUAAUGCUUAACCUGCUCAAUUGAAAAUUUUAGAUAAUUUAAGUCUGGAAACACUUGUGAAUGUCAGCAAGGAUAUUUUGAAGAUCCUGUUACUUUAAAUUGUGAAUAAUGUUUAAGAACCUGUUUGACUUGCGCUUUAUAAUUUGAUAAUUGCACUAGUUGUGAUACUAAUUAUAAUUUAACUUUAGUUUAUAAUAAAUGUGUCUGUGCAAAAUCUUAUUAUUUUGAUUCUUUGACUACUUAAUGUGAAUGUAUUAUUAAUAUCAAUAUUCAUUUAGAAUGUAAUAUUAAAUGUCUAGAAUGUUAAAAUAGUAAUGAAUGUACAUAAUGUAGAUUGACAACAAGACAUUAUAGUCCAGAUUAAAAGAACUGUUUAUGUAAUGAUGGGUAUUAUGAAACAAAUUAAUAAAAUUGCUAAUGUAAUUAACUGUUAAUUAAUUUUAGAAUGUGAUUUAUCUUGUGGUACUUGUUAAAAUGUGAACACUUAUUGUUUAACAUGCUUAAUAGAAUUCAAAAGACUAUUAGCAAAUAACACUUGCUUGUGUUAGGAUGGCUACUAUGAUGCUGGUAUUGAAAUGUGUUAGAAAUGUAUUAAUGUUUGCAAGACCUGUUAAUUUUCUGCUUCAACCUGUUUAUCUUGUUAUGAUAUUGAACAUUACAGGUAUUUUUCAGAAAAAAAGUGCUUAUGUAAAGCUGGUUAUUAUGAGUCAAAUACAGAUAAAUGUUCAAGUAAUACACUUUAAUGAUAUUUAGAAUGCUCAAUUGAAUGUUUAACUUGUUCAGGAUUAGCUGAUUAUUGUACUAGUUGUGAUACUAAUUCAAAAAGAAUUGAUCAAUCUAUUUUCCAUAAAUGCCCUUGCAUUUUUGGAUUUUAUCAAGAUCAUAAUUUAACUUGUUAAAGUAAUUCUCUUGAAUUUAACUAAUAGAAUGUCAUAUAAAGUGUUAGAGCUGUGUUAACUAAGCUGACUAAUGUUUAAGCUGUAACUUCUAAUAAAAUUCAAAUCGAUUGACUUUAUCUGAUUUAUGUAAUUGUAAAUAAGGCUAUUAUGAUGAUGCGACAUAACUUUAAUGCUAGCUCUGUAAUUUCAGGUGUAAGACUUGUAUAAUUUAAGAGAAUAAUUGUUUAAUUUGUUCAAAUUUAAUACGAACUAAUCCACCAAUAUGUAAUUGUAUGGAUGGGUAUUAUGAAGAUGAGUAAUUAAUUUGUCAAAGUAAGUUAAUUGUUAAUAAUAAGGUUGUGCUUCUCAAUGUAGUACAUGUGUUUUCUAACCCUAAAACUGCUUAAGUUGCAAUCCUGGAAGAAUUGGAUAAGAUUGCAAAUGUAUUAAUGGGUAUUUUGAAAUCGGACAAAUAUUAUGCUCAUGUAUUAAAUUAUUUAAAACUAUAUAGAAUGUGAAUUUUAAUGUGCUACUUGUGAGUUAGAUCCUUUAAAUUGCAAGACUUGUAAAGGUAAUAGAAUUCAAGAACCUUAAUGCAUUUGUUAAUUUGGUUAUUUUGAUGACCAAAUUAAUGAAGACUGCUAAAAAUGUGAUGUGACUUGUAUAGAAUGCAAUAUCAAUGGGUGCUUAUCUUGUUCUGCCAAUAGAAUUUUAAAUGAAGAUAUGGAUUGUCUACCUCCCCCAAAUUCAAUAUCUUACAACAACACACCUUGGUGUUCAAGUAAUUCUUCAAUAAUACAUUUAGCAUGUGAAGUUGCUGUAGUUAAAGCAUACUUAUCAGAUGAUCUUGCUAAGAUUAUAAUUCAUUUUGAUUUUCCUUUAAAUUCCAAGGGCUUUAGCUCAUAAGUAGAAGUUAAUAAAUGUUUGUAACUAUUUGAAGUAGAAUUUGUACAAAGCUUGGGUUAAAAUUCUGUUUGUUAUCUUAACCCAGAUGAUAAUUAAGAAUUAUUAAUCUCACUAGGUGAAAACUCGAAAAUAUUGGUUGGUGACAAAAUCUUAUUUAAAAGUAGUACCUUAUCUCAAAUUAAUUGCGAAAUUUCUUUACAAAUAUUUAUCUUAGAUACAUUAUAAAUGCCACUAAACCCUCUUCCUCCAUAAAUAUAAUAUCAUAUACCUCUUCAUAAGCUGAAUCCUUUAGCAGAUAAUUCAGUGUAUUUAAAGGCAAUAAGAAAUAAUGGAAAUAGAAAAUUAGAUAAUAUUGUUUGGGCUUGUCAAGUCAAAGCAACUGAUGAAAGUUCUACUCUUAAACAAUUUUUAGAUUAACUUAACUUUGUUUAAGAAUAUAAUUUAUUAAUACCUAAACUUACUUUACCAAAAGAUGCAGAACUAUCAUUUAAAAUCUACUAUGAAAAUUUCGUCCAUAUCGCUUCCAAUUAAGAAUUUAUUAUAUAUACUCAUUCAGGAGCUCUUCCUUAAAUUAAUAUUAAUGCGAAACCCUCAUAUUUUGUUUAUUAGACAAUUUCAAUUGGGGUUUUGCUGGCAAUUCAGAUUAAUCAAAUUCCAAAGAUAAUACUAAAUAUUUGA